CGCAUAAAUCGCUGCUGCAGUUGAGAGACUUUAAUCCUUUAACUGUGCAUGAAGAUAUCGUUUGGGAAACAGUGCCUGGUUGUUAACAUGGUUCCGUGACUGAUCAGCCCACAACUCAACCCAAAUUUGGGUUGCCCUGUACCAGCACAGACCCAUUGUCUGUCCAAGGAGGGUGCAGACCUACAGUGUGGGCCAGACAUCUGGAGGAACUCUCAGCUAAUCUAAAUCAUGUCUCAUGAGGAAGACACGUGACCAAGAAGACACCAGUAGAUCACUAUAGAUGAAAAACAGAGACAACUGCAGGAUAAAAAAGAUGGAUGCCAACUGUUAUCCCAUUUGCACAAAGAUAGGUUUGGAUCUGGAUGUGACAUCAAAACUAGGAAAGAAAAAAAAACUCUCCCUGAAGCUACUGACGAGAGCUGCGGUUUUUGAGAUACAUACAUUUGCAACAAAGAAAACAUGCCAUAAUUUGUCACAAACUCUGUACGACAUCCUUGACUAUAACUUUGAUCUUAGCUCACAACAUCAUAGGCGCUGGGAAUUUUCCACAGCAACUGCAUUUGAAAUCAAAAAGUUGGUCAAACAAUAUCCUAAAGAACAUGACAGAGAAGACGAGGUCUUUAAACUGCCAUUUGUGCUUGCUCAAAAUUCAUCAAGUCAACCAAAGAAAAGACGACGUCUUGAACGUGAAGAGGAAACACAGACGGCAAGUGAUGUACAAAUUAACUGUGACAUGGAACAAGAGGGAAUGGAAAGAGAAUCCACCUACACUGUUCCCCUUGAAGAGUCUGAUUUAGAUUCAAACAUUGUCAAUGAAUAUGACAUGGAACAAGAGAAAAGUGAAACCAAGAAUAGCCUCUCUUGUUCUCAAGGAGAGUCUGAUCUAGACUCAGACAUUGGUAAUGAUUGUGGCAUGGAACAAGAGGAAAACUCAAAUAUGAAUACACCACCUGCAAGUCAACUUGAGAAAAGAGGCCUCUGUGGUGGUGAAGACCAAAUACAAACUUUGAGAAAUGCACCAAACAAAUGUGACUUUGAACAAGAGAAAAUGGGAAUAGAGAACAACAUCUGGAAGUUGCGUGCGAACCGUGUAAAAGAAAUACUCUCCUCGCCAAACAAAGAGUUUGGAGCAUUCUACAGAUCAAAGAAAUUUGGCCUUGAAUUCGAUGUUGGAUUUGGCCCAAAGAAAAACAUCAGUGUUGACACGUUGCCUAAUUGUGUUCUUCUUGAAAUUGCUAAAUUUGCCUUAGCAAUUAAUUCAUCCCAACAGGAUUUCAUCACGGAGAUUCUCGAGUACAACAUUGACUUUGGCCCACAGAGUCAGCACCAGAAGAAUCUUUUUGCAUGUGAAAUUAUGAACAGAGUCAAAGAGCUGCAAAAUUGUGAAGAUUCAGUCAAAUUCUCAAAAGAGGUUUUCCAUCUCCCCAUGUCAUCAGUGAACAUGACAAAUCAGAGCUUGGGCAAUGUCCAUUCUGAACCUGGCAGUGCAUCGAAAAUGGAGAAGUGUGUUGUUGCUCUGGUGUUUCCUCCUGAUUCACAUGCUGAAACCAAAGAACAUAUGUCAAAAACAACUGUGAAUCUCUAUCCCUUCUGCAAGGAAAUAGGUCUGAAGCUACAUGUUAACCAACAUCACCAGAGCAAAAGACUGGACAUCAACAAACUGACCAAUGGAGCAAUGACUGAGGUGGCAGACUUUGCAGAAAAGUUGUGUGGAACAUUUGAGCAGAUCUGUCUUGACAUUCUUAGGCAUAACUUUGAUCUUGAUUUGCAAAGUGGAGAUUCUGACCUUGCCAGAAAUAUUCUUGCAAAAAUUCCUGCUAUAAUGGAGCAAACAAAUCUGUCAAAUUGUUUUAGCAUCGAGAAGAAAAUAAAGGGCACAAGAAAAAAACCCUUAAAAUAUGUAAAACUGGAUUGCGAGAACAGCCCAAAUUUAGAUAGAAGUAGUGCUGGUUCUUCUGAGGCAAGUAGUGUUGGCUCCUCCAAAGCAAGUAGUGCUGGUCCUUGUGGGGCAACAGUCACAAAGCAAAAUGAUAACAGUUACACUGGCAUUGAUCAGGAAGAUAAGCAUAAUAUAAAGCUUUGGAAACUACGGGCCAAUCAUAUAAAGCAUAUACUUUCAAUACCUCACGAAGAGCAUUGUCCACUUUAUUCUUACUCCAGGUGCAAGAAAUUGGGCAUUGAUUUCAAUGUAGGCUCUGGAGUAAAACUAAAUCUUGAUCUCAAAUUACUGACCAAUGGCAUCAUGGUUGAAUUGAACACCUUUGCCACAGCACUGCUAUCAGCUCAAAGGUAUUUCAUCACAGAGAUACUGGAGCAUAAUUUUCACCUUGACUUUAACAGUGAGCUACAGCGCAGUGCCUUUGCACUGCUAACUCGGGACAAAAUUAGAGGAAAGAAUUCGUAUAAAAAAAAUAGCCCUUCUCGAAUGAAAAUGCCUUUUGAACUCCCUGACCUAAGUAGCAUCCCUGAACCUUCCAGCUAUUGCCCCAAAUGUCAUCAAGACAGAAAACAUAUGCUUCUUCAGGAUAAAUCUGACACUGGUGAAAUGCAUUAUACUCGUCCACAUAUCAUGACUAACACAGUCUCUGCUGAUUUAAAAUGCACCACACAAAAAUCUGCAAAGGAUCCGUCCUCAAACUUCUCAACAACAGAGGACAUAAUAAUGGACAGUUUUCCUCUCUGCAAGAAGAUAGGUUUGAACCUGUGUGUGGACAAAGAACAACCUGAAGAUAAGCUUUCCACACAUGUAUUGACACUUGGGAUAAUGGUUGAAGUGGCUCGUUUUGCCAAAAGAGUGUGUGGAACAAAAAAUAAGAUAAUUAAUGAUGUCCUUGAACACAACUUCAACAUGCAGGGACAAGAAGUGAAAUUUGCUGAGCUGUUCGUCAGAGAGCUGUCACAAAAUGAUGGCAGUCCUGCUUGGUUCAGUAAGGUAUAUACAGCUCAAGAGUCUACUCACAGACAACCUGGACAUGUAGGUAAACUGAAGUUGGAUGCUGUCAUGCAGAGAAGUGAGUGGAGGGAAAGUAUCAAAAAAAGAAGGCUUGGACUGCAAACAAAGAAGGAACAAGCCAAACUGCCAAGUCAUAAUAUCAGUGAAGAAAAGUCAAACACAAAUCACCAAAGCAAAGAAAACUCCCUUCCUUUCUGCACUGACAUAUGUUUGGAUAAAGACAUAACCUCACAGAGGUCUGAUAUUCUCAGACAGUCAAAAUCAAGUUGUCUUGGUAGUGGGGAACCUUUCGUGAGCCUCACCUACAUCAGGUCCAGUUUACCAGCCGAUAAGUCAAAAAUGAACUCAUCUGCAAGUCAGCCUGAUCAAAAAGGGCUUUGUGGUGGUGAAGAGCAAAUACAAACUGCAAGAAAUGAACCAAAUGAAUGUGACAUUGAACAAGAGGAAAUAGGAACAGAGAACAACAUCUGGAAGUUGCGUGCUAACCGUGUAAAACAAAUACUCUCUGAGUUAGGUCCCUUCUACUGGUCAAACAAAGUUGGCCUUGAAUUCGAUGUUGGAUUUGGCCCAAUGCAAAAUAUCAGUAACGGCUCUUUGCCCAACUCUGCUGUGCUUGAAGUUGCUAAAUUUGCCCUUGCAAUGAAUGCAUCUCAACAGAACUUCAUAAUGGAGAUUCUUGAGUACAACUUUGACUUGUACUUCCAGAGUAAAUACCAGAGAAAUAUUUUCACAUGUGAAAUGAUGGAUACAGUAAGACAACUGAAAGACUGUCAAGACACAGUAAGAUUCUCAAAAGAGAUCUUUGAUUUACCAUAUUUAUCGACAGCCCAGGACCAGGGAGUAGAGAAUGUGGGAAGUAUUGAACCUGAGCUCAGCAAUGUAUCUAGAAUGGAGGAGUGUAAUGUUGAUCCCAUUGGCCAUCCGCAUUCACAUUCUCAAACCAAAAAACAUAUGUUACCAAUCACUGUGGAUCCAUAUCCCUUCUGCAGAGAAAUAGGUCUGAUACUACAUGUUAACCAACGUCAUCAAAACAAAAAACUGGAUAUCAAUACAUUGACCAAUGGAGCAAUGAAUGAAGUGGCAAACUUUGCAGAACAGUUGUGUGGAACAUUUGAGCAGAUCUGUCUUGAUAUCCUCAGACACAACCUGACACAGAGUGGAGAUUCUGACUUUGCCAUUAAUAUUCUUGCACAAAUUCCUGCAAUGGCUGAGCAAAAGACUCUAUCAAAGUGUGCACAGGCCUUUAGGAAAAUAAAGAGGAGAAGAAAAGACUACAUAAAAAAUGAGAAACCGGAUGAACAGAAUGAUCAAGAUUUAGAUGCAUGUAGUGUUGGUUCUUCCCUGGCUUCACUCAUAGACCAACAUAAAGACUCUUACCCUGACACCACAUACCAAAAGGAGCUCAAUUUAUUGCUUUGGAAAUUGCGGGCCAAUCAUAUUCAGGAAAUCUUCUCAAUACCUCAUGGAGAACAUUGCCCACUUUAUUCUUACUCCAGGUGCAAGAAAUUGGGCAUUGAUUUCAAUGUAGGCUAUGGAGUAAAGCAAAAUCUUGAUCUCAAAUUACUGACCAAUGGCAUCAUGGCUGAAAUUUGUACUUUUGCGACAGCACUUCUGUCAGCCCAAAAGUAUUUCAUCACAGAGAUACUGGAGUAUAAUUUUUAUCUGAAUUUCCAUAAUGAGCUGUAUCGCAGUGCCUUUGCUCAGCAAACUUGGGAUAAAAUCAGAGCUCGGGUUGCAUAUAAAGAUUCCACCCUUCGAAGGAAAAUUCCUUUUGAACUCCCUGACAUGAGGUUUGUACAGGAGCCUACUUAUGAGAAAACAACCCAUUGCCCCAAAUGCUAUCAAGAGAGAGAAUAUAAGAUUGGUGAGGAAGAAACUGACCCGAAAGACAUACUUCAUCAUCUUCCACAUACCAUGACUGCUAAGGUUUCUGCUGAUGCAGACAGCCCUGCACAAGAGCUUGAAAAAGAUCAGUCCUCUGACCUUCCUCUGACAAUAGAGGAAAUGAUAAUGGACAGCUACCCUCUUUGCAAGAAAUUGGGUUUGAACCUGUGUGUGAAGAAGGACCAACCAAAAGAUAAACUUGACAUGUAUGGAUUGACAGUUGGGAUAAUGGUUGAAGUGGCUAACUUUGCCAAAGAAUUGUGUUCAACAAAACCCAAGGUUAUCCAAGAAGUCCUUGAACACAACUUCAGCCUUGGCACACAAGAUUGGCGACACAUGGAUAUUAUACAGCUGUUCCGUAGAGCGAUGGCACAAAAGGAUGCUGGGCCCACAUGGUUCAAUGAAGUUUUUGUUCUUCAGACAUUUUCUCACAGAACACAACCUGAACAUGUGAGUACACUGGAUGAGGCAUCUGCUUUGCGGAUAAGUGAAAGGAAAGACACUAUCAAAAAAAGGAAGCUGGCACUUCAAUCAAAGGAAGAAAGAGCCCCACUGCCAAGUUACACUUCCACUGUGGAGAAAUCAAAAACAAAAAAUCAGAGUAGGGUACCAGUGAACUGCUUUCCCAUUUGCACGGAGAUAGGUUUGGAACUAGAUGUGACAUCAAAAUCAGCAAAGAAAAGAAAACUGAACCUGAACCUAUUGACUGGAGCUGUAGUCUUGGAGAUACAUAAAUUUGCCUCAAAGAAAACAGGAUACUAUUUGCCACACACUGUGUUUGACAUCCUUGACUUUAACUUUGAUCUUAGUUCACAACAUUACAGGCGCUGGCAGUUUUCCAUAGCUACUACAUCCAAAGUCCAAACCAUGGUCAAGAAUUAUCGUAAAUAUGGAUACGGAGCGGACGAGGUCUUCAAGUUGCCAUUUGUUCUUGCCCCCAACAAGAGACAAAGUAAGAGACUUAAAAAGUAUUCACGGAGAAAAGCAAACAAGAGGACGAAUAAGGGUAGAGGUAGAAAUCAAAAACAUAAACUUGAUCAAGUUUGUUCUUCUCAGGAAGAACCAAACAUGAAAAUGAAUGAGAAUAGAUUUGUACGUCAAGUGAGAUACUGUUCAGAUUCCAAUCAGCUUCAUUUUCUGUAUGGUUUCAAAAAUAACAAGGAAGGUUUGUCCCAUGACAAGAACACAGAGUUCUUAGCAGAUGAAAUGAUAGAGCCAAUGAAAAGGAAUCUUGUGGAUGUAGCUUGUGGCAGUCCUCGCCGGGAAAACAUACAGAUUAAGAAGGAGGAGCAUGAUCCACAGUAUGACAAUUUGGAAAUGGAUGCAGAGGAAAAAUAUCACCUGCAAUGUGAUGAUGUCGAAACAGAGUCAACCACUGAAGAUGUUGACCCUCUCCAGGCAAACAUGCAGAAUACAAAGGAGAACAAUUCACAACAUGGCCAUGUGAAACUAGAAUCGUACUCAGAGGAAAACUAUCAUCUGCAAUGUGAUGAUGUCAAAACAGAGUCAACCACUGAAGAUUUUGACCCUCUACAGGGAAACAUACAGAUUAAAGAGGAGGAGUACGACCCACAAUAUGGCAAUAUGAAAUCGGACACAGAGGAAAAUUAUCAUCCACAAUGUGAUGAUGUCAAAACAGAGUCAACCACUGAAGAUGUUGAGCAUGAAGUCUCAGGUCAACCUACAGAACCUCUUGAAUAUACCUCACUGAUAUUAUGUCCGGACUCUGAACGACAGCAAACAGAAUCAGAAAAUCGAUGUGUCCAGUAUUACGUUCUGGCUGAACCACAAGGAUCAGCGGUAUAUGCAAACACCUCGAGUAAUAUAAAAACUGGAGUGAAUGCUGAAGGUGUUAAGUAUUUAAUCCCAGUCCAGGCAGUGGGAUACCCCAUGAUAACCACAGGUCAGAGUAAUGAGAGCACAUUGAUUGAACAAAAGCAAGAAAAUGUGCCAGCUGGCUCACACCAUGAUGGAGUUAAAAAAUGAAACAGUCAUCUUACAGGAGUUAGAGCCUUAGUGCUCCUCAAUCAGUGUAUGGGACAUAGCCGGAAAUUCUUUAGUCUUCUUUUUAAUUUUUUUCCUUUUCUUUUUUGUACAAUUUGAGUUAUGGUAUCCUUUUUAUUGUAUUUUAUUUCUUUUUGGAGAGCAGAUUAUUGUAUUGUAUUUGUUAAGCUGUUGUCAUUUAAGACAGUCGCACCUGUUUUCUGAAAGUGCGUGUUCUCCUUAUUUUUCGACUUGUUUUGUCACUGUAUUGUAUAUUAGUGCCUUUUUGGAACUCGUGUGGUUACAGUGGAAAUAAAAUAUGUUGUUAAUUACAAAAACUGGGGCUAAUAGUUAAGUUUGUGAUGUAAAUUUAGAAAUAUAACUGCACCUGUACUUUAUUCAUAGUUUGAAUACACUGUAUAAUAGCAAAUAUACACUACAAAAAGCAAAAUGACCUGGAUCUGGAUUGACUUGUCUAUUGCUCAUUGAUGAUUGAUUACAUUUUGUAUAAAACUGUGAAAAAUCC